AUGCACACAUUCUGGCUCCGCCUACGAGAACCGCCGGGUGGUACCUCCGCGUUCGACAGUCAAAGACCAUCUACCACCUACGAAUUGGUUCCAAGAAAAGAGGGAAAGAAAACUGCCACUAGAAGAUGCAGAGUCUGCUCCCAGACGAAAGCAGAAACAAAGAAAAGAAAUACAUGUGUACAGAAUGCGACGUUGGGCUAUGGGUAGUGCCCUGCUUUCGGAUUUAUCAUCAAGUAGCGGACUUUUGAAACUUAACUUUCUCAAUGUUUUUUUUUCGUUCAGUCCUGGGUUUUUUUAUUACAUUUUCAGC